GCUCAAUCUACACUGGCAGCAGAUCAGAAUCAGGUCGGAGGAUGAGGAGAACUCUACUGCUGCUGCUGGCCUCUCUGGCCUUUGCAUCCCUGGCUCCACUGGCUGAUGGAGCUGCCCUCAAAAUCAUGUCUGCCCCCAAUCUGAUGCGAGUAGGGACAACAGAAAACAUCUUUGUGGAAUGUCAGGACUGCACCGGAGGUGACAUUCUUGUCAACAUCAAUGUGAUGAACCAUCCGACCAAAAGCAAGAGAAUAACUGGGACAGCGGUCACCCUCAAUAGUGGGAAUAAUUUCCAGGCGUUUGGGAAAGUAACUAUCCCAGCAGGAGAAUUUAGUAAAGACCCCACUAUGAAACAGUAUGUUUACCUACAAGCUAAUUUUCCAGACGGCAAUCUGGAAAAAGUUGUCAUGGUCUCCUUCCAGUCUGGUUACAUCUUCAUACAGACUGACAAGACGCUCUAUACUCCCAACAGCAGAGUUUAUUACAGGAUGUUUGCCUUAACACCUCAAAUGGAGCCUGUGGAAAGAAAUGACCAGAACCAAAUUGACGCUUCUAUUGACAUCGAAAUUGUGACACCUGACGACAUCAUCAUACCGCUUGAUUCAGUCGCACUUAAUGCUGGUAUGUUCUCUGGAGAUUACCAACUUGGUGAAAUUGUUAGCCCUGGACAGUGGAAGGUGGUGGCAAAGUUCAAAAGCAACCCACAGCAGAGCUUUCAUGCUGAAUUUGAGGUCAAAGAAUAUGUGCUUCCCAGUUUUGAAGUUAAACUGCUGCCUCUCGUGCCUUUCUACUACGUCGACAGCGAACAGCUUAUCGUCAACAUCAAAGCAACGUAUCUGUUUGGAAAGGAAGUUUCUGGGACUGCCUAUGUGGUUUUUGGCAUAAUGGAAGAUGGUGUCAAGAAAAGCCUGCCACACUCUCUCACACGAGUCCCGGUCUCGAAUGGAGAAGGGCAGGCCAUACUGAAAAGGAAUCAGAUCGUUCAAAGUUUCCAAGAUAUUAACAGCCUUGUAGGCAAUGCCAUCUUUGUAUCUGUCAGCGUGCUGACAGAUAGUGGCAGUGAAAUGGUGGAGGCAGAAAUAAGAGGCAUCAAGAUUGUCACGUCACCCUACACAAUCACUUUCACAAGAACUCCCAAAUUUUUCAAACCAGGAAUGUCCUUUGAUGUUGCGGUUGAAGUGGUAAACCCCGACGACAGUCCAGCAGAAGGUAUACCAGUGAUCGUCACUCCCGGGGAAGUGAGAGGAUUCACAGCAGCCAAUGGGAUGGCAAGGCUCACCAUCAAUACAGCAGCAACAGAUGCAAGGCUGAGAAUCACGGCAAAAACAAAUAAACCUGAUCUUAUACCAGAAAGACAAGCAUCUGCUGUGAUGGAUGCUACACCGUAUUCAACAAAAAGCAAGAGUUACAUCCACAUAGGCAUAGACACAGCUGAGGUGAAAGUAGGUGACAACAUGAAAAUAAACCUCAAUCUCAACAACCUGCAAGGGGAAACGGAUAUCACAUACCUGGUCUUGAGUAGAGGCCAGCUGCUGCAAAACAAGCGUUACAGAACAAGAGGUCAAGCACUCAUUUCCCUAAUUCUUCCCAUCACUAAAGGGAUGCUGCCUUCAUUCCGCAUUGUAGCGUACUACCACACAUCCAGUAAUGAAGUGGUGUCAGACUCAGUUUGGGUGGAUGUGAAAGACUCCUGCAUGGGAUCGUUGACCUUGGAAUCAGCAAGACCGAAUCCAUCGUAUGAACCUCGCAGGAUGUUUAGUCUGAAGGUCACAGGAGAUCCAGGAGCCACAGUGGGGCUCGUCGCAGUUGACAAAGGCGUCUACGUCCUUAACAACAAGCACCGUCUCACCCAGAAAAGAGUGUGGGAUCUCGUAGAGAAGCACGACACAGGCUGCACACCAGGUGGUGGGAGCGACAGUAUGAACGUGUUCUUUGAUGCUGGGCUGGUGUUUCAGACAACCACUGGUUCUGAAACUCCCUACAGACAAGACUUGAAAUGCAAGACGAACGCCAAGCGGAAACGAGCCGCAACUAUCAUGGAUGUUAGAACCACCUUAUUGAGUGAGUUUGACACUGAGCUGCAGAGGGAAUGUUGUUUGGAUGGCAUGAAGGACAUCCCGGUUUCAUAUACCUGUGAGCAGCGUAGUGAGUACAUCGUGGAUGGUGAAGCCUGUAUUGCUGCCUUCAUGCAGUGUUGUUCUACAAUGGCUACACAACCCUUUGAGAAGAAAGAAGAAAACCUCAAAUUAGCUCGCAGUGAAUCAGAUGACAGCUACAUGGACAGCAAUGAAAUUGUUUCCCGAACCAAGUUCCCUGAAAGUUGGCUGUGGACAGACAUCCAACUUCCUAAUUGCCCAGCACAAGUACCCAACUGUGAGGCCACAUCAAUGCAGAGAAAUGUUCCUUUGCAAGAUUCAAUCACGACCUGGCAGUUCACCGGCAUCAGUCUGUCAAGAACACUUGGAAUCUGUGUGAGCGAGCCGUUGGAGGUCAUUGUUCGUAAGGAGUUCUUUAUUGACCUCCGUUUGCCUUAUUCUGCCGUUCGAGGGGAACAGCUUGAAAUUAAAGCCAUACUUCAUAACUACAGCCCAGAGCCUAUCACUGCUCGUGUGGAACUGAUUGAGGAACCGAAUGUGUGCAGUGUAGCCUCCAAGCGUGGGAAGUACCGGCAGGAGGUCAGAGUUGGGGCCGAAACUACACGAUCUGUACCAUUUGUCAUUAUUCCCAUGAAGGAAGGAGAGCGUAGCAUCGAGGUCAAAGCAGCUGUUAAGGACUCAUCCCUCAAUGAUGGAGUUAUGAAGAUGCUGCGUGUUGUGCCUGAAGGUGUACUGGUGAAAUCUCCUCAGAUUGUGACUUUAGAUCCAGUUGUAAAAGGCCAAAAUGGUGAACAAGUGGAAAUCCUGAACAGUAACAUUCCCCGGAAAGAUUUGGUACCAAAUGCACCGACCAGCACACAAGUUUCUGUCACUGGCAGAGAAGGUGUAUCUGGACUUGUGGAGAAUGCCAUUAGUGGUAAAUCAAUGGGUACUCUUAUCUACCAGCCCUCUGGCUGCGGGGAGCAGAACAUGAUUCACAUGACCCUUCCCGUCAUUGCAACCACAUAUUUGGACAAAACCCUUCAGUGGGAGGCUGUUGGUUUAGGCAAACGUAAUGAGGCUCUUGGCCACAUAAAAACUGGAUACAACAAUGAGCUAGCAUACCGUAAAAAUGAUGGCUCAUUUGCUGUGUGGGCUUCUCACGGAAGUAGUACCUGGCUGACAGCCUAUGUUGCCAAGGUGUUUGCUUUAGCUAACAACUUGAUAGCAGUGAAAAGUGAUCACAUUUGUGGUGCUGUGAAGUAUCUAAUCCUCAACGCUCAGCAGCCUGAUGGCAUGUUUAAAGAAGUUGGAAAAGUGCAUCAUAGAGAGAUGCAGGGUGAUGUGCUUGGCGGAGACUCAGAUGCCUCCAUGACGGCCUUCUGCCUAAUUGCCAUGCAGGAAACGCGCACAAUAUGCGGAGAGACCAUAAAUAGCCUUCCAUCCAGUAUAGAGAAAUCAGUCAGCUACCUUGAGAGACGUCUCCCUAGCCUCACCAACCCUUAUGCUGUUGCUAUUACAUCAUAUGCCCUGGCAAAUGAAGAGAAACUUGACCGGAAAGCCCUCUACAAGUUUGCUUCUCCUGCAUUAAACCAUUGGCCUGUACCUGGACAAAGAACAUUCACACAAGAGGCGACAGCUUAUGCUCUUUUGGCUCUGGUCAGAGCUAAGCUCUUUGAAGAUGCAAGACCUGUGGUUAGAUGGUUUAAUGACCAGCAGUUUGUGGGUGGAGGCUAUGGAUCAACUCAGGCAACUAUUAUCGUGUACCAGGCUAUAGCAGAGUACUGGACCAAGGCUAAAGAACCAGAUUACGAUUUAAAUGUUGACAUCUUGUUGCCGGGCAGAGCAAAGCCUGACAAGUUCAACUUUAACCGAGAGAAUCACUUCGCCACAAGAACAUCUAAAAUUAAUGACAUCAACCAGAAUGUGAAAGUUACUGCUACAGGAUCAGGGGAAGCAACAGUAAAAAUGGUGUCACUUUAUUAUGCCAUCCCUAAGGAAAAGCAAAGUGACUGUCAGAAGUUUAAUCUCUCUGUGGAACUAAUCCCAGAAAAAUCAAGUGACGAUGUUAAGACAUAUAUGCUCAGGAUAGAUAUUUUGUAUAAGGACAAAAACAGUGAUGCAAAAAUGACGAUCUUGGACAUUGGCCUGCUAACUGGCUUCACUGUUGAAACAAAGGACCUGGACUUGUUGUCCAAAGGACGUGCCCGCACCAUUGCGAGGUAUGAGAUGAACACAGUUCUAUCAGAAAGAGGCUCGCUCAUCAUCUAUCUGGACAAGGUUUCUCACACACGAACAGAAGAGAUCAGUUUCAGGGUCCAUCAAACUAUGAAAGUGGGCGUUUUACAACCAGCAGCUGUCUCUGUUUAUGAGUACUAUGAGCAAACACCUUGUGUGAAAUUCUACCAUCCAGAAAGGAAGGGUGGAAAACUGCUGCAGCUCUGUAGAAACAAUGAAUGCACCUGUGCAGAAGAGAACUGCAGCAUGCAGAAAAAGGGUCAAAUAAGCAACGAUGAGCGCACAGCUAAGAUUUGCGAGAGCACUGAGACCAGCAAAAUUGAAUUUGCAUACAAAGCCAUGGUGGAAGGGAAUGACUUCGAGUUGUCUACAGACUCUUACACAAUGCGGAUAGUGCAAGUUAUUAAAGAAGGAAGUAUUGAUGUUGGUCCUGGUGGUAAGCUGCGCACAUUCCUCAGUUAUCAGCAUUGCAGAGACACUUUAAAUCUGGUAAAAGGCAAAACUUACCUCAUCAUGGGAUCAUCCAAAGACAUCCACAGAGAUGACCAGAAGCAAACGUUUCAGUAUGUGCUCGGGGAGAGGACCUGGAUUGAGUACUGGCCCACAGAAGCAGAGUGCCAGCUUGAUGAACAUCGUCCUACUUGCAUGGGCAUGGAGGAGAUGGUCGAUCAGUACACCAAUUUUGCCUGUCAGCAGUAACUGAACUCAAGAAAACAAGUGUCAUAUAUCCAAAUAUGUUUUUUUUCUCGAUAUUUGUAAAUGAUGGCUGGUAUGGCUUGUACAAGGGAUAAAAUUAAAGUCUGUUAAUUAAACUCUAAUGAUACUU